UAGUAGCUUAUGUCUGUGAUCUACCUCAUUAUAUAAGUGCAGCUCUUGUGCCUUAAGUUUGGUCCUAAUAAAAUGUUGGCCAACCUCUAUAAAAUUUUCUUUUCUCCUGCUAAAAAUAAUUAAAAAAAUUAUUGCAAUACUCCGACUUCAAUUUGAAUUUUACAUGAUUCAUGUUACAUUUAAAUUAGCUAAAUUCCCUAUGGUAAUUUAGAUUCGAUUGAAGAUUUGUUUUGCUUGGAGCCGUUAAGAGUGCUAAGUAAAACUGAAAAUUGCAUAUAGAUUAUUAAUUUCAUUCAGAAUUAGGACACUCAAAUGCUGCAACGCUUCGAACAAUUUCACAACUAAUUAGUUUUGACUGUUCAAAUGACCUGUCAGUCAAAAUCAUUGUAGAUAAUACAUAUAGUUACAAUCAGAGACUUGCUAUAACUAGACUGCGCGUAACGUAUCGAAUGUGUUGUCGACACAGUAUGCAACACACAAUGCACUGCGGGGCAAACCGCAGAGAUACAUGUAUAAAGAAAUAAGCUGUCAUUUUUGAUGUUCCGUCUAUUAAUCAUUCUUUUGAUUAGCUGUCGAGAAUAAACUAUGGUUAAAUCGUGCGUAGCCUUUAAAUGCACCAACAGGAACUCUAAAUCUGUUUCAUUUCACAGGUAAGUACGUAUAAGUUUUCUUUGAAAACGCGCCACGAAAUAAUAUGUUCAAACGCAAACUAAGAUACUUGCACGCGAAAAGAUUUCCGACGGAUAACAAUUUAAUGGCCCAAUGGAUCAGAGCAAUUGGCAGAGAAAAGUUUACUCCUACUAAACACAGUGUCAUUUGCGGGGAACAUUUUAAAGAAGCCGAUUUUCUAAGAAAAGUACCAAAGAAAGUGUUAAAGAAUGAUGCCAUACCGAGCGUUUUUGACUUUCCCGUUCAAUUAAAAGUUGAAUCUCCAAAACAACACAGAACUAUUAUUCCACAUCCUUUACCAGCAAGAACAUUACUUCUUAAAAAUACUCAAUCGGACGAUUGCGACGCCGACCCUAUCCCCGAUACGGAAGAACCCUCUACUUCUAGUUCUUCCCGUACGUCUUUGAAAAGGAAACUUUAUUUUGGAGAUUAUUCUGAGGAAGACUUGCAAUGUCCCAAAAAAGCAAAAAUGAUGUGGAAAUUAGCAAAAAGACAAAUUGACAAAAAAAAUAGACAACUAAAGAUAUUAGUAUAAAAAACUUUCGACUUCACAAAAAAAUCGCAUCUUUGGAGAAUUUGGUUGGCCAUUUAAAAAAACAAAAUAAAAUAUCCGAAGAAUGUGAAAUUGUAUUGAAUGUAAGUAAGUUUAGCAUGAUUGUAUGAUUCUGUUGUUGCCAGUUGUUGCAGCAUUAACUAAUAAUUUUAACGCAAGAAUGGUCAUUCGCUCUUUCCUUGCUUAUAAUAAUUUUGUCUAUGGCAGGUAGAUACGUAGAUAUAUGCACGUGCUUUCCAGAAGGGUGUUUAUUUUAAUUUUUAAGGUUUUUAUUUUUUGAGAAUUGUUUAUUUUCCAGAAAUGGGAGCAUCUGUUAUAAUCUAGGUAUAAGCACAGAUUACCUUGCUAAGGUAAUCUGUGGUAUAAGUAAUAUUUUAUUUUUGUAAUUUUGUUUUAUUAUUUCCAUUAGGAAAGUCUCGGUGGGAUGCAAAAGAAAAUGCUUCUUCAUCAAACUCGAACACCCGAUAGAAAAUAUGCACCUGACAUUCGCAGCUUUGCGUUGACAUUACAUUUUUAUUCAAGCAGUGCAUACAAUUAUGUGAGGAAAACAUUUAAUAAUUGUUUACCACACCCCUCCACUUUGCGAAAAUGGGUCUCUUCUGUUGAUGGUUCUGCCGGGUUUACUAAAGAAUCCUUUCAUAUUUUAAAUACAAAGGCCGGUGAAUGUAAGGCACAAAACAAGGUGCUGCUGUGUGGAUUGAUAUAUGAUGAAAUGUC